CGUCCAUUCAGUCAUCCACUGACAAAAAUAAGGUUGUUAGUGACGUCAAUUGGAACGCACUCUUGAACAUGUGACCGUGACGUAUUAUAUUUGGGUAGUGUAGCCGGAAGUAUCAACGAGAGGAAUAUCUGAAGAAGAAAGCUUUUGCAUUACGUCUAAAUCGAGAAGAAAAACAAUAAAAAUACAUUCAUUCUCGGACCAUCAAGGAGCCUACCAGCAUGUCGAAUAUGGAGAAGCAUCUCUUCAAUCUCAAGUUUGCAGCCAAAGAACUGCAACGAAGCUCUAAAAAAUGUGACAAAGAGGAAAAGGCAGAAAAGGCCAAAGUCAAAAAAGCUAUCCAAAAAGGAAAUGUGGAAGUGGCACGGAUCCAUGCGGAAAACGCCAUCAGACAGAAGAACCAGUCGGUCAACUUCCUAAGGAUGAGUGCUAGGAUUGAUGCAGUGGCCGCCAGGGUCCAAACAGCAGUCACAAUGAACAAGGUCACUAAAUCUAUGGCUGGAGUGGUGAAAGGCAUGGAUGCCACACUGAAGAGUAUGAACCUGGAGAAGAUCUCCGGCCUCAUGGACAAGUUUGAGCAUCAAUUUGAGACGUUAGAUGUACAGACCGCUCAAAUGGAGGACACCAUGAGUAGCACAACCACACUAACCACCCCACAGAAUCAAGUGGAUUCACUGAUGCACGAAUUGGCUGAUGAAGCAGGGUUGGACCUGAACAUGGAACUCCCACAGGGACAGACUGGAUCAGUGGGCACCAGUGUAGCGUCAGCAGAGCAGGAUGAGCUGUCUUCAAGGCUUGCCAAACUCCGAGACCAAAUGUAAAGGAAGAACUCAGUCUGAGACCUCAAGUGCAGAGCUUCAGGUUACAAGACCUGCUCUGUUCUUUUCAUAAUGUCUUCGUCUCACUCCUUUAGUUUUUCUCUUUGAUGAUCCUACUGUAUCCUGUUUGAGAGGCUUGCACUUGGGUCCUUAUUGGUGUUCUUAAUUUACUGUUGUAUAUAGAGAGUAUCAAGUUACAGGAAUAUUAGCCACCCGCCUACGAACACUAAAACAAAGACUUAUUGGUUAUGGAAAAUGAAUUCAAUCUUUGAAAUAAUAUAUAUUAUAACUGGGAUGGUUGCAUCUGUGACUGAUGCUUUUUGUAUGUCCAUUUUUUUGUGUGUGUUGUAGUUUGGCAGGCCUCUUGUCUUAAGAGGAAACUGCAAUGUUAUAUUUGUUUCUUUCUGGUGUCCCUCCUUUUAGACAUUUUCUCAUACAAUAAUUUAUUCACGUGAAAAAUUAUGUUUAAAAAAUCUCAUCCUGUAUCAGAACGGCAUUGUUUUAAGGAGAGGUUGAUUCUUACAUUUGAUUGAUAACUCUGAGUCUUGGGAUGUCAUUUUUUUGUCCACACUGAUUAGGUUAUUAGAUAAUAAUACAAUUUUAUAACACUUUUAA